AUGAAGACAAGCAAGACUGUCUCUAGUAGCAGAAGGAAGAGUCGCAAGGCCCAUUUCACGGCCCAUUCCGCAAAGAGGAGAAUCAUCAUGAGCGCAGUGCUCUCAAGAGAGUUGCGCCAGAAGUACAACGUCAGAUCGAUGCCCAUAAGGAAGGACGACGAGGUCAUGGUCGUCCGCGGCCACUUCCACGACAGGGAGGGCAAGGUGACGCAGGUGUAUCGUAAGAAGUGGAAGAUCUAUGUGGAGCGCAUCACGAGGGACAAGAACAACCACGAGAGCGUCCAGGUCGGACUGCACCCCAGCAACGUCGUGAUAACGAAGCUGAGGCUGGACAAGCACCGCCGUAAGAUUUUAGAGAGGAAGGGCAGGCAUGCGACCAAGGGCAAGUACACAGAGCACGACGUUAAGGUAUAA